AUGAGACGGCAACGGGGUUUACUUGACGAACAAGAUUUACGAAAACGCCACAGAACAGGCGAUAUCAAUCAUCCGCAACAGCCAUACACAGUCAAAGGCUCUGAUGAUGCCGAUUCCUCUUCCCAAGUCCUCGCUGCAACAAAUCUGGCGGAUGUCUUCCAGAGCCUCCCUGCAGAACACAUCCGGGCAGCCAGCAAUCUGGUUGAGCGGAUCUUACGACUGUCUCCAGACAAGCUACAGCGGACGAACAAAUUCCUUGAUGGAUUAGGACCUGAUGAGAGCGGAAAGGGGAACCUGGAAGGACCAGUGGUGUCUGGACCUACGAUUGGGACCACUUCAUCCACAUCUGCUGACGAGCAUGAGCGUCCGAAACCUGCGGAUAAAAUAACAUUACCAUUCAAGGUGCCUUCACCACAAGUAAGCCAUUUCAAUGGAGGAAUUGGAAGGACCAAGGGCAAGCAACCAAUGGACAGGUGGGCGCGGGAUUCUCGGACAAUCCAAAAUACAAGUACUGUACCAUUUCAGGGUCCGUCUGAUGGUAAUCGGCCUCCUGUGCUACACCUUUUACAAGGGCUACAGCAUUGGCUUAGAAGUGCCGAAGAAAACUCACGUCCGCCCUUGCAAGACCCGUUGGCUAGAGGACAGUUAUCCAAUGUGACAGGAUUCUCUGAUUGUCGGAAAGUGGUUGAGAAUGUGUUGCAUGAUUACGGACGAGAGGAAACGAAACAGAUGCUGGAUGAGGCAGCGACAAAGUUAAGCCAACGCGUAUGUGAGCUGUGCUCCACCACGCCAUUUUACUGCCUUCUAUUGGCACUGUUUGAGAACCAUCCUCAACUACGGGAGUUUCAUGCUGAAAGCUUCAGGAAUGCAGUUGAUGCCCAUGAUUUCAAUCCUGAGCAGUUGAGUGCCGUACUGGCGGAUAAGGAACGCCCACUACUGGUUAACGCUGGUCCAGGCACAGGGAAAACCGCUACUUUAGUUGGCAGGAUCCUGUUCCUCUUGUCCCAACAGAUCUCUCCCCACAGACUGAUUGUCAUCACCUUUACAAAAAAUGCAGCGGAAACCUUGAAGACUCGUAUAAGUUCACUGGCGGGGUAUCACAGACCUAUUAAUUUGCCGUUUGUUCGCACCAUCGAUUCUCUCGCCUCAUUUUAUUGCCGCCAGUUCAUCGAAGAUCCUCCAAACACUGUCAUUCCAGACGAGGAAUAUAUUAAAAAGCUAUUGGACCGACUCUAUGAAUCAAAUCCCGAUAUCGAGGCGUCCAGGACGUCUUUGGAGAACGCACUGAGCUCGCUUUAUCGCACUGCUCAUCUAUGUGAUGCGUUGCGGCCGUAUGCCGAGAGAAUCACGGAGAUUGAACAUGAACUAUGGAGGGAGGGAAUAUGUACACAUCGAGCGAGAUUGAUACGGGUGGUGAAGCAUCUUAGCUCGACUCCGCAGCUGGCGGAACACUUCCGAGACCAGUAUUACCUUCUCGUGGAUGAAUUUCAGGAUGUUGAUAGAUGGCAAGAGAUGUUUAUUAAACAUAUGAUAUCCGGAAGCCGCUCCCCAGGUAUCGAAAAAUCGCCCAGGCCUUACCGAAUCACAGUCGUCGGAGACGAUGAUCAGACGAUUUAUCAUUUUCGUGGUGCAGCUCCAGAGGUUAUGGAGAGAUUCAAGAAACGAUUUGACCGUCAUCAUCUCAAUGAAGUCACCCUCUUGUCGAACUAUCGUACAAUUCAGAGCAUCAUUGAUUUCAAUUCUUCGGUAAUUGCGUUGGCGUCCCGACGGCAAAAGGAAAACAAAGGGGCCUUCAGAUCUUGCGUCCCUGCUGGCAGCAGAGAGAUGAACUGUAGCGACAUUGGAGUCUGUUACGAAACUACACUCGACGAAGCGUGCCGGCACACAUACAAAACCGCUUCUAAACUAGUAGCAAUGGAAAACGUUCCAUCAUCGGACAUCGCCAUCCUCGCUUACCGUAACGAUGAGUGCUCUCGUUUCACAGAUUUUUGCACAGCGGAGACAACCAAUGUUCUCGCAGAAACCCUCAUUUCAACCAUCCAUGGUGCCAAGGGUUUAGAGCGUGGCCAUGUGUUUGUUCUCUUAAAGCUUAAGAACGGUAAAAUUGGGGUGUCAGGCGAGGAGGAGAGAAGAAGGGUGUAUGUAGCGCUGACUAGAGCCAAGUACACACUCCAUAUCGUGUUCUUUGGUGCACCGACCACAAUGACAUGGCGUACAUUGAUGGAGGAGUUUAUGGAAUCGAGGAGCGUGUCUUGGAGCCAACCAAGGUGUAUCUUUGCUGAGGUUACGGAGGAUUUGGAAUUGAGUGAUCAUGAAGAAGAGGAUGGUGCCGCCGUCUCGCAAAAGCUUCAUAUCGCCACUCCCAUGAGCUGUCCUACCCAAGAUUCCGAACGAACCACUAUUGGUGCGCUGUCGCAAGAAAAUAUGACAGGGUGCUCAUUGUCGUAUUCGCCCACUCCGUCAAAUUUACCUGGUCAGCCAACACCCUCCAGCCUACCUUUGACGAGCCUAAGUUUGCAUGAUGUCACCGGUACAUUCGGGCCGCUUCUCCCAGAAACUCACUCUUUGAGUGCAACAAAGAUUGCGAGCUACUUUAUUACGCGCUGUCCUCGACUCCUUCAUCGCCUUGCAACGCCAUUGGUCGCAUUCCAGAAUGGAAACGAUACUCCGAUUUCUUCACUCUUAAAGCGCAGCGGAGAUGACUGGGAGCGGCGAAUAACGGAGUGGAUCGAGAAGAGCGGCUAUAUGUGCUCAUCUCGCGAAAAGGUCGGCUCAGCAGAGCAACUUAUUGCUCUGAUAGAACGUGUCCCUAGCGGCCACUAUAUUUACGAGCCGAACAUUCAAGUGCCGGUCGAGGUGAAUGCCAUGAUUGGCUUGGCAAGAUCGGGAGCCCGCUUGCAGCCACGUAUCAAGACCAUUAAGCCAGACUUUCUCCACUUGACAAGGGCUGAAAAUGGUACUACUGUGCUUCAGAUAAUCGAUGCAAAGUUCAGUACUGGGAUCAAAGCAUACCAGAAAAUACAAGUCUCGCUUUAUAGCAUGAUACUACAAUCGAUGUUGCAGCUUGCAAAGAAUCACCAGAUAGUAAUCGAUCAAGUUGGGCAAAUAUGGCUCCCAGGUUCUGACCGACAACCUAGUGGAGUCAACUAUCCAUUGGAACCCGGUGAACGGAUUCCCUUUUCUAUUCCAAAUAUCACUUUGGGCAUCCGCUCUUUUUUUACCAAUGAGCUUCCCAGUAUUCUUUCACCUGAAGGUGAAGCCGAUUUCCACCUCACACCGGAUUGUGCUGAUUGCAAGUACUUGAAUGAAUGCUAUAACGAAGCAAAAGAGAAGAUGGAUUUGAUGAUUGUCCCUGGGGUGAAUAGACGGGUAAAAGACCUGUGUGGGGAAUUAGGAAUUCGAGAUAUUGAAGAUUUGGGAAGUCCAAACGAAAAAGCCAGCCGAGUAAUUGACAAACCUGCAUUACGGGCUUUGUCGGUUAAAUCCAGUCGUCUCAUUCAUCUCAAUCGACCUUCCCUCCGGAUUCCUUGCCGCUCAGACCAAACCCUGAUUAUCAGCAUUUCCCAAGACCCCAUUGACCACACCCCUCUCCUCCUCGGAUAUGGAAUUUUUGCGGGGACGUCGCUAAGUUCUUGGAAAGUCUACCCUGUGGGAACGCCCACAACGGUUGAAGCCUAUAUAAACGUACUGCACAGUAUCAUGUCAGCAGCAGAAACCGCUGGAAAAAGUCUCACUGUUUGGGUAGGCGAAGCCGAGGAACUGGGAAACUUCGGCGUGAUGUUAGUGGACGUACUUGCCAAAGGUGGUACUAAUAGUCAAGUAAAAAUAGCAGCGGAGACCAUGCUGAGAACAAUUGUGGUGGAUGAAGCUAUAGGGGCCGCCAUGAAGGAAGGCCAUGCCGAUCCAACAAGAGUACAUACAGGUGCUCUGUGUGCUGUGGAAGAGGCUCGCACAAUGUUUGCGCUGCCUUUUCCCGUUUCUACGAUAUCGCAGUUGCAUCAUAUUAUGACUGGGGCUGACAUUGUUGAUGUCUCCGCCUUUGUCCGCGAGGACCCGCGAGGAACGCUGGCCGUUGACAUCCAUAAUCUCCGAAUAAGCCAAAAUGGUAACAUCGAGGAGAUGGAACGAAGAGUGGACAGCGAACUAUUCACUUAUAUCAACAGCACCUUCGCCGUCAUUCAGAACAUGUACAAGGUUACAACGCCUCUCCUCCUACCCAUUCAAGAAAAGCCCUUCACUUUCGUACCCCCACUACAGAUUCGCACACCUUUGCUAUCUCAGCUAGCGUAUUCGCGGCUCAUGGACGCUACUCGAGAUAUGCAGGAGCUUUCACAAGAGCGGCUGCUUGCUGUCAGUCCCAUGGUAGUCUUGCCCAUUAAAGCACUAGACAAUGGCAAAUCGUGGCAAUGCCAGAUAAUGUCCGAAGCGAUAGACGACCAAAUCAGCACCGAGCCAGCAGCCUUUACCCAGUAUUUUGUGAUACCCGAGGAUGAUCAGCAACUUCGAACCGAACUGCUUCUACAUCGGGAUCUCUCAUAUUCCUCAAUGUUUAGGUGUGAUGCAUUCAACCGGUAUCAGGCAAAGCGGGCAGCAGAUCGUGGCCAUGCAUCAUAUCUUUGCGUUGCAACCAUUCACUUCGAAGACAAUGUAACAAGUGAACAUGUCAUUCUCAAUUUUGAUGCGCAAACAAAUCUUUCAGUCUCCACUCAGUAUCUGCUUUUCCGACGCUAUACCAAUCAAACUCUCAAGCCAGCCCUCAAUCAUCUUCAGGCUUUGGAUGCCGAUGUUGUAACACAAAACAUUGGACGAAGCGAUGAUGAGCAAACUCUCCCAGUUGUCAUGCGACUUGUGAAUGGUGACGUUUUGCCCUCGUCAAAACCGAAUGGUAUUCCAAUGAAUGGUUGGUGGCCCAUAGAUGAGGAUGGCUGUUUGGCUGUGGAUGCCGGGAAGAAAAUUACUUUGACUCGACAGCACAAAGUUAUCAUAAAAGCAAUCCAGAGUCGUCCGGUGCAGCUUCUCAUUGGACCUCCUGGAACAGGUAAAAGCUUCUUCCUUGGUGCUCUCAUCCUCUCAAGAAUACAUCAAGCUAUCGUCCAUCGCCCGACCAGAUCCCAGAUUAUUCUACUUGCCGCUCAAACUCAUAGCGCAAUUGACACUGUCAUCCAAAAAAUGCUUCAGCACACAAACAGUCCCGAUAUUGGAGCUCGCAUCAUUCGGCUGACAACUUCCGAAUCCACGCCUCGUCUUUUUGAAGGCAAAAUAAUAUACUACACAACAACUUCAAAACGCUGUCAGUGCAGCCGAAAAUGUUCACACACACCCUUGCAAAAUAUGCUGAAAGCCAAACGCCACGUCGUCAUUGCAGGCACCGUCUGGGCAUUGCAAAAGGUUGCACAUGUCCUCCCAUACAUGUCAGAAGCGGAUGUAAUGCUUUGCAUUGAAGAGGCAUCUCUUUUACCCAUUCUUGAGACGAGCGUAGCAUUGCAGCUUUUGCCGUGGUGCCCUCGUAACGGGUCCGUUUUAAUGGUGGGGGAUCAUUUGCAGAUUGGUACGCUGGCAAAAGGACGACUCGGGGCGAAACGAGACGAAGGUUGGUUGGGUGAAAGCCUGUUCAACUGGAUCGUUAGACGUGGCGGGGAAGGGGUUGUACCGGUUAGUUUGGUUGAUACCUGGAGAUUGAAUAAGGUCUCUGCGAGCAUUCUUCGUAGAUUCGUCGGGUACUCCAGUUAUGCACCAGCCACAUCUGAAAUUGCCCGGCAGAAUAUCGGGCAAAUAAUUGGACGAAAUCCCAUCUCCCGGCCCGAAUUCCAAGAACACAUCCGAACUGCCAAAAGUCUAGUACCAGUCUUCGCGACCAUCGUGGAUAGACGGAAACCAAUGGUUAUGGUGAUCUUGAGAGACAGGACUCGGAAGAGUUCGUUAAUUGAAUCGGCUGAAGCUGCAUUAGCAGCGAAUGUAACCAACCUUCUUCGUCGACUUCCUCAUUCCCGACCAAUGUCCAUCCUUCACCUAAUAACACACCACAAAAAGCGACUGCCGUUGCAACAACUCCUUCCAGAAACGCCCACACCUCAAAUAUUUACAAUACACAAAUCGCAAGGGAUGGAAUCAGAUGUCACUCUAAUCCUCUACGCGUCUUCACAUCCAUCAUCGGAAACCACAUUUCUCUUCUCCCGCAACCUCCUCAAUGUGGCCCUCAGCAGAGCACGAAGCAAAUGUGUCAUCUUUCUUAGUGAGCCGCUCUUGGGGUGUUUGAGCGCGCUUGGGGACAAGUCAACUGCGGAAGGAUUUGAGCUCCUGACGGGGUUGGUGGAGGAGCUAAAGCGCAGAGGAACAUUCUUUGAGCUGGAUUGUAUUGAUGUGAUGCAGGAAAUUCGCUCUGAGAUUGACACAUUGACAUGAGCAGUAUUGGUCAGAUGUGCACAAAGAUAACAUUUUUUCUGACUGCCAUGAAACUGUAUAUGCUAAAAUGCUGCAACGAUCAUACAUAUGGAGUGUCCCGAGUAGGAUAUACUCUUAAAUUCAAGCCAUGAAUCACGUCUACAAAGUCACAGUGAGCGCUGCUGUUUAUGCUUCACAUCAAUGGCUAUUGUCAAAAUUGCGACCAAAGCUAUAGCUACACAGAAUGGGGUAUCAUACGUUGAUAAACGCACUUUUGCAAU